AUGCUUUCAAAUCCUGGAAGGACAGUAACGAUAUACCAAAUUCCUGGAUUCAUCAAAAAGAUUAUGUCGCAAGCAUUCAGCCAAGCAAACAUUUUAAGCGUAUUCAAAAAAUCGGGAAUACAUCCUUAUAAUAAUAAUCUAUUCAGUGAUGAAGAUUUCAUGUGUUCUGCUGUAACAGAUAGGGAUAUAUCCAAUGAAAAUUAUGAACUUCCCAGUAGUUCGUCUCAAUGUCGCCAAGCUCAGCUUGUCUUUUCAAGCGCUCAGCAAGAUCCACCAGAUUUUCCGCAGAGCUUCAACGACGUUGAUCAGAAAAUUCCGUCAACAUCUCAACAGAUCCCUAAUGAUGAAGUUCAGGACCCUCCAUCUAGUCCCGUGCUUGAUUUAAAUAAUGUUUCGCUUCUGGAUUCGGUGACUGUUUCUCUAACAAAUAACCAACUAAACCCUCCAGCUCAGAAAAGUCCGCAAACCUCUGACAAAGUCUUAAAAAGCUUUUCACGUGCACCAUUAGACUCUGAACCAAAUUCACUCAACUGUUCUAAAGUUUAUACUGAGAGCUUGGUGAAUUGUUGCCUCACUAAAUUGAAUGACACUCUCAUGGCUAAAUUAAAUUGUAAUUUAGAAGUUUCUUUUCAUCAGUGCCAAGAGACUGAUAUAAAUUAUUAUUAUCCUCCGAAUUCACCUACUCUGACACAAAAGCUGGAUAUUCCGCAAACUCCGGACCAUAUUACUACAAAAGUAACUAUUACACCAUAA